AUGGAAAAUAAAAGUGAGGAAGAUGUCUCGAUCAUCAAUGUUUCUUCUCUUUCUUUCAUAGAUUUCAACAACACUGAUCUUCAUCAGUCAGCUGUUUUGCUUAAGAAUAGCAAGAAGUUCUUUGCUCUUCCUUUGGAAGAGAAAAUGAAAGUCUUGAGAAACGAAAAGUAUCGAGGCUAUGCACCGUUCCAUGAUUCUCUCUUAGAUCCUAAGAACCAAGUUCGAGGGGAUUACAAAGAGUGUUUUACCAUUGGAAUGGAAGAUGUUUUGCCUGGAUGGCAAGAGACAAUGGAGAAAUAUUAUCAAGAAGCAUUGAGGGUUUGCAAGUCUAUCGCAAGGAUAAUGGCUUUGGCGCUAGACUUGGAUGAGGAUUACUUUGAUACACUAGAGAUGCUUGGAAACCCAAUUGCUGAUAUGUUCUUGGUUCACUAUGAAGGCAUGUCUGAUCCCUCGAAAGGGAUCUAUGCAUGUGGAGCACAUUCUGAUUUCGGAAUGAUGUCUCUCUUAGCAACUGAUGGUGUAACGGGACUUCAGAUAUGCAGGCAUAAAGAUGUGAAGCCUGAAAAGUGGGAAUAUAUACCGUCGAUUAAAGGGGCCUAUAUUGUGAAUAUUGGUGAUCUGCUUGAACGUUGGAGUAACGGCUAUUUCAAAUCUACAUUACAUCGGGUACUGGGGAAUGGUCUGGAUAGAUACUCUAUUCCAUUAUUCUUGAAACCAAGCCACGACUGUAUUAUAGAGUGUCUUCCUACUUGCCAGUCCGAGAACAACCUUCCCAAAUGUCCAGCGAUCAAAUGUUCAACGUACAUCUCCCAACGUUACAAAGCAGUACAUGCGCAUCUUAAAAAACCCUAG